AUGGUUCUAUGUGGUAUUCAUGCGGUGGCGCUACCGUUCUACCGGAUGCCGCUGCAGGUUGUGACUAAGGAGACGGAGCCAUACUUCUCCCCGCACGCGGUACAGCAUACAGUGUCUCCAUACUACAUGGCCCAGAACAACCCCGAAAAGUUCUUCAUGUCAGGUUACACUGGAUUCAUUCCCAAGGCGCGUGGCUUGAUGGGUAUAGGCUACCCUGUGGUCACCAACCUGGCACUGCUAGACUUUCAGACUGAGAUGGACAGCCACACAACGAACUGCAGCCGACCAGUGAUCGUGGAGAGACAGAGCGCAUCACCGAAGCUCACCAAACCCGUCUAUCCGACCGACUCCGGUCUCGUACCGCACUACACGGGCCACAUACCAG